GUGGAAGCUGCAGCUAGGGGAAUAAGACCGACGUUGCCUUUAAGCGUUUGGUUUGGUUUAAGCGUAAAAUUGAAAGUUUAAUUGUUUUGUUGAGAUUAUUGGGGAAUUAAUAUUUUAAUAAGUAAAAACGUUUGUUAUGUUUAAUUAAUAGGGGUCGCUGUAGCACGUGUUCUUUUGAACAGACAGACCUCCCAAGUACAUGCGACAGCAUUCAGACACAUCUUUUAAGGAACGACCAGUCGAUGCCCAGCAUUUGACAACGGCAAAAAGCUCUUAGGCAUCACUGUCGAUUUUUCAGAUGCCGAGGCAAAAGGCCUUCGGGAUGUUCUUGGUCGAGAUUUUGCGGACAAGAUACUUAGAGGUUGCAAGGUACACUGGAAGAGGUCAGUAAUGAAAGUUAGUACCAGAGUGUGCGACACAGCUUCAUCUAUAAGAGCUUUCCGUCUGCUGGCAGAUAAAGUUGCCACGUCCAAUUCGAAGGAUGAGGUUUACAAAAUCUUUAAUGUACUUGCCGGAGAUCUAAACAUCACAACUGUAAAACACCUUCUUCCAGAUGACAUGACAGACCUAGAGAAUGAUAACUGGAAAAAGCUGCACAAUUGGAAAAGGUGGUGGACAAGGGAGGAGCACUUGAAAAUGUUCACAACUGCUUUUACAGAGAUGGAGGCCUGUAACUGGUCAGCGUGUCCUGACACAACAAAUCCUGUCGAACAUAUCAAUAAAGAUUCAAUUCCAGCAAAGGAGUAUAAGAACAUCUAUCGAUGUGACAAGCUUGCUGCAGCCAAAAGGUUGGCUGUUUUAAGUAAUGUCACGAUCAGCUAAGCAAGCAAGCAAGAGGACAGUAGGCAAGAAAGAGCAGCAAGAAAAAGGAAGUGGAGGAGGAGCUUGGGGAAACUCGGGGAUCAUGAU